AUGCCCCAAUUUAUCCCUGGCAACACCAGCAACAACAACACCACGGGCCUCGAGCGGCGCCUGGGGGACCCGAACGUCGAGGAGUAUGUGUUCCCGAUCCUGAUCGCACUGGCGUGGUGCAACGCCCUGGAGCUGCUGGUGCUGUGCUUCAACACCUUCAAGCGGUACGCGGGCCCCUACUUCUGGAGCCUCCUGAUCGCCUCGGUCAGCAUCCUGCCCUUCGGGCUGGGCUACCUGCUGAAGAUGUUCGACAUCACCGCCACGGACUUCUACCUGGAGAUCGCCAUCUCCGACCUCGGCUGGGCCGGCAUGGUGACCGGCCAGUCGCUGGUGCUCUGGUCGCGGCUGCACCUGGUGCUGCACAACCAGCGCCUGCUGCGCGCGCUGUUCUGGCUGAUCAUCGUCGACGGCGUGCUGCUGCACUGCUGCGCCACCGCGCUGGAGUUCGCGACCAACGCCCGGCCGGACUCCGGCGCCAUCUCCCUCGGGUUUGGGGUCAUCGAGCGCAUCCAGGUCACCUGGUUCUGCGUCCAGGAGCUGCUCCUCUCCGGCGUCUACAUCGUCGCCACCGCCCGCCUUCUCCGCCUCGACAGCGGCAGCCCCGCCUCGCGCGCCCUCCUCUCCCAGCUCCUGCUCGUCAACGUCGUCAUCGUCUUUUUGGACCUGGCCGUCGUCGCCAUCCAGUGGGCCGGCUUCUUCACCUUCCAGGUCACCUUCAAGGCCCUCGCCUACAGCAUCAAGCUGAAGCUCGAGUAUAUUAUCCUGGGCAGGCUCGUCGAUGUCGCCCACAUCCGCACGCAGGGCGCCGGGCCCCGGUUUCGCAUAUAG